GGCUCACACAUGGCUUUUAGACGACCACGCAUGCUAAUCGCCCUCUUCAUUGUUUUAUCCGCCGGCGUAAAAAUCGCCACCGCGGAUGAGCCGGUUCCGACGCCAUGGCCGCCUCAGUUCCACGCGUUACUGUUCAUGAAUUACUCCGGAGAUCUCUCGAUGAUCGACCUUUGGUACGACUGGAUCAACGGUCGUAAUUUCAAUAUCAUUCAGGAGCAGCUCGGUGGGAUUACCUAUGACCUUGAAUGGAACAAUGGCACUUCCUUCAUCUACUCGCUCGACGAGUCAAAAUCGUGCCGCUCCGCUCAGCUCGAGGUUGGAAUCCUGCGACCAAACUGGCUAGAUGGAGCCAAGUAUCUAGGUCAACAAAAUGUGAGUGGGUUUCUUUGCAAUGUCUGGGAGAAAGUGGACUUUAUAUGGUACUAUGAGGAUGUUAUAACCAAGAGGCCCGUGCAAUGGAUCUUCUAUACAGGGAGGGAAGCUCAUGUGAUGACAUUUGAUGUUGGUGCGGUCCUAGAGGAUGAGAAAUGGCAGGCACCGGUUUAUUGUUUCAACAAAGAGAAGAAGGGUUUAUCUACAAAGGGAGCUUUGAGAGAAUUUAAAGGAUACAAAGAAAAGGCUGCUUUGUAAUGUUAAUUAACGAGACCUUCGUUUCUUCUAGAUGAUCAAUCAGGAGGAGCACUGCACAAGAGUGAAUAAAUGGGACUAUGGUUACUUAUGAACACUAGUGUAUAGUCUUUGUGGACCCAUUUCUUUACUCAUUUCAGUUGAGAAAAUGGAGUUGGGUUCAAAUCAAUUAGAACUUGUUUG